AGAGUUGCGGGUUUGAAUCCCACAGGAUCAAAGGCUCCAGAUGUCACGCUAAUGUACAUUUAUGUAUUUAGGUUAUUUCUGUAUUUAGGUUGCCGACUGAGGCUUCGGUGAUUGACAGGCAUUUUGGCCAAUCAGAGCACGGAUAGCCUCCCAUGCAUGGCUGUGAUUGGUCGGCACGGUGACAGGGGGCGGGGAGGUGAGAUUACAGCAGCAUCCCUCUCUGCAGAUCCAGCGGACAUCUGGAGCAGCCCUGCCCGGGAUUCAAACCUCCGAGCUCCGAGCGCAGACAUCCGCACAGAGCCCGCCGGGCUCCGCUCUCCGCUCCCAAGUGAAGACGCAGCCGGGCUCCGGUGCUGUGGUCGCGGCUCUCCGGGCUGCAUCUCUCCGGGCUGAGGCUGCUGCGCUCCGGGAGACAGACGGACCGUCUCUGCCGGUAAAAACACGGAAAUACGACUGAAAGCCGGGAGGGGGUGAUGGACUCAAGUGAUCCGACAUCUAAGAGGGUUUAAAGGCCCAAUGGAAGCUGCGACACACACGGACCAGGAGCGUCUCCUAUCCCGGUUCUUGCUGUAGUCUGGAUUAGAGCGCCAGAGCGUCUGCGGGGUUUAACACAUCUGUUUGUCUCCGAGUUUUCAGUCUUCAUCUUCAUCUGACACACGGACUGAUUGAGAGUUUGAGGACGCAGGCGGAUCCUCCUCCUCCUCCUCCUCCUCCUGCUGGUCUGGAUUAAAGCCCAUCAGGAUCAUGAAUCAUCCCCCCUCCGCUCCUCUAAUCUGGGUUUUACCGAGCUGGAUUUAAAUCUGAGAUCUGAUCUGGAUUACUCUGCUCCUGGUUCUGAUCGGGUCACUUCUGACCCGGUCUGAACCGGUCUAGUCAUCUGCUGUGAUCUCAGACAGGCCCUGGUCCUGGUUCUUGGACUUCUGCUGUCGUCAUGCCGACGUCCCGUCCCGGUUCGGAGGCGGUGGACUACUGGGUGGACGGGUCGAGGCGGGACGGGACUGUGGAGGAGUUCUACAACCUGAGCUCCGAGCUGGGCAGAGGAGCGACGUCCAUCGUGUAUCGCUGCGAGGAGAAACAGACUCAGAAACCCUAUGCCAUCAAAGUGCUCAAGAAGACGAUCGACAAGAAAAUAGUUCGCACUGAAAUCGGCGUCCUGCUGCGUCUGUCACACCCAAACAUAAUCCAGCUGAAGGAGAUCUUUGAGACAGACACUGACAUCGCACUGGUGCUGGAGCUGGUGACAGGAGGAGAGCUGUUUGACAGGAUCGUGGAACGCGGUUACUACAGUGAGAGAGAUGCUGCCCAUGUCAUCAAACAGAUCCUGGAGGCUGUGGCGUAUCUUCAUGAGAAUGGCGUUGUGCACCGUGACCUGAAACCAGAGAACCUGCUAUACGCCGACCUGUCACUGGAUGCUCCGCUCAAGAUUGCCGACUUCGGUCUCUCCAAAAUCAUCGACGACCAGGUGACCAUGAAGACCGUCUGCGGCACGCCGGGGUACUGCGCUCCAGAGAUCCUGCGGGGAAAUGCCUACGGGCCCGAGGUGGACAUGUGGUCGGUCGGCGUCAUCCUCUACAUCCUCCUGUGUGGGUUUGAGCCCUUCUUCGACCCGAGGGGGGAUCAGUACAUGUACAGUCGCAUACUGAACUGCGACUAUGAGUUUGUGUCUCCAUGGUGGGACGACGUCUCCCUCAACGCCAAGGACUUGGUCAGUAAGCUGAUCGUCCUCGACCCUCACAAGCGCCUCAAUGUGAGGGAGGCUCUGCAGCACCCCUGGGUGCUGGGCAAGGCUGCACGCUUCUCCCACAUGGACACUGCCCAGAGGAAGCUGCAGGAAUUCAACGCUCGACGCAAACUUAAGGCUGCCAUGAAGGCUGUUGUGGCCACCAGUCGGAUGCAUGAAGGCUCACGGCGUCGCACUGACAGCUGUGAGAUCCCAGGCUCGGGGACUUCCAGGCAGAGCAGCAUGCAGCAGGACCCGCCCCCUGAAUCAUCAAGCCCCGCCCCUUCAGACAAAGAGUCCCCGCCCCUGGAUCAGCAGACGCUUCAGGAGGCAGAAUCAAAAUCUGUUGACCAAAAUGCCCCCAGCCCAUCAUCGGCACACAGCCCUAAACCGCCCACCCCUGACACCAUGCCCACAGGCCCCGCCCCCAUCAGACCACCUCUGAGAGCUGACGGGCUUCGACAGGCAUCUGUCAUCCCCAAAACAGUGCCAGUCCAGCCCAGACCACCACAGAGGAGCUGCUCUGUGGUAGAGCACACCUCAAGGGUUGAAGCCACGCCUACAAUGACCACGCCUCCAAGUCCCAACAGCCUUGUCAACGGCUUUACACCAGGGGUGGGUCCUCCCAGUAAGACCACCCAUUGCCAGUGAGAGCAGAGACACUCCCCUCUGCUUCAAAUCCAGAGAACCACAAAAAUCACCAAAACACUCAGCUUGCUUGUCAGCUGUUCAAACCAUAGUCCAUCUUUAUAGGGACCAAAAACAUCCAAACAUCCAGAGCUAAAAUCAAACCACUACAGCUACUUCCAACUCUGUUCAUGCUGUAAUGCUAACAUGCUAACAGCGAUGGCUUACCCAGGCGCGCUGGGUUUCUUUGACAGUUUUUCUGUUUUAACUGUUGAGCUACUGGUUUUUAGUCUGAAGGCUAGAGAUGGUGAAAACUCAAACUUUUUGUCCCAAAUCUGAAUCUCAGCACAUUAUUAUGUCCUUGUUGCUGUGGUAAGAAAAACUAUUUUAAGUGUAUUAAAGGACCAGUUUAGACAGAUGAGUAUUCUUUGUAUAACAUCCUCAGCAAUCAUCAUAUUUUAUUGUCAAAGUAAUAUUCUUAUUAGCACAUCACUAUCACAUUAGCUUUACUCUGUCUCUCUAAUCUUACAUCUGUGUAAGUUCAGUUCACUAAUCUCAUGGUGGCUCAGCUGCUCUUCUUAUCACAGCAACAGAAGCGACAUAUAAGUUAGCAUGUUUGCAACCAAAGUGAAGCUUAGCAUCGGUGAUGUUGACCAGAGAUGUCUGUAAAAUCCUUAAUAUAAGUGCACUGGUAUUUAACAUACAGUCUGUUUUGGGGGCUCUCAGAGGGUGAAAACUGUCCUGCAUGAAGACUUCCACUGCAUUCAGCAAUGUGCAGUUUCUAUGCAGACGUGUAGCUCUUUCUACAACCAUCUGUUAGUACCAUGUUGCCAGCUUCCUGUACCAUAGUUGAGCACAGCGUACAGUAUCAUUGAUAGUGGUAAUGUUCAGAUGGGCCAACUGCCCAAGACCAAUUUGUUGAGACUUGCAUCGCCCCCUCCGCUGGUCACUUGUUGUCUUAAAUCUUAACGUAAUUUCACUCAAAGUAGCACUCCACAAGAUUUGGUCUCACCCUAUCUUGGACGCAGCUCACUUUUUAGAUGACAUAACAGGUAUGAAAGUGCAUCCUACACCAAAUUUUUAAAGUAAGACUUUAAACUAAUCUAAAGGUUAGAGAAUACUCAGCAACAGUCCUAAUUUACCAUGAUUUAUGUAACACAGGUAAUCAUAAACUACAGUCAUUGUUGGAAAGAGCUGUGUCAUGUUUUCAGACCAAGCAGGACCACAUCGUCUGCAGAUGAGUUUACAAAGGGUGGCUAACAUUAGCAGAGCUAGCACCGUGGUUAACAGCUGCAUGAAUGUGGUCAUGCGGAUCCUGAUCUCCAUUUUUAAGAUCAAACACUGCCAAACUGUGCCACACUGCAAGACACUGUCAGUCCACUGUGCUGGUUACAUCUGAGCGAGCAGAGUGGGCCCAUUAACCAGAGCUACAGCUCCCACUAGUGGAAGGAGGCUGCAGUACAGAUUAGGCUCAAUAUAAUACCAGCAUUGCUGACCUACAGUGAUACAAAUAUCAAGAGUUAGUUUAACUGACUAACUCUGUAGCUGACCAGUGAAGGAGAUGAUGUUUGAUUGUUGAGUCAUCUGUCUGGGUCAACUAUCACAGCUGUACACAAAGCCUGGUAUUAAUGGAUAGUUGUGUCUGGAAAAUAAGAUCUGGUAAAAACUAAAUUAACUUUAUAAUAGAAACAUUUCAAGCCUUAGUCCACCUGACAGUCUAUCCACACACACAGAUGAGACUGUAGUGUUCUGUUUUUACGUCAGAUUUCUCCGGUAUUAAAGUAUAUCUCGCGUGAUAAUUCUGCGUCGACGGAGGUAGACCCUGGUUUCAUGAUCUGAUCGAUGACGAGCUCGAGCAGCUUCAGUUUGGUUUCAAACUUUGAUUUCUCCUCGUGAACAAGUUUACAGCUGCUUUAGCUCCUCAUAUUAUUUAAAAAAUAGUUUCUUUGAUAGCUUGAUGUUCAGAAGGAGAUCAGCAGCAUGCAUAAGGAGGUGUUAGCCUAGCUUAGCAUAAAAACUGGAAGUAAGAGAAACCUUGUCUGGCUCUGGUGAAAACUACACCCUGACUACACAUCUCUGGAGCUCCACAUGUUUCAUCCUGCUCUGUUUUCUGUACAAGUUAACCAUUGGACAGUGUUCUGUACUGAUUGAUGAUAUUGAUUGAUCAGUCUGAAUAUCUGGCUCUCAAAGACUACCUUUCUAAAUGCCGUUCUGAUCUGGGACAAACAGUCAUCCCUCUCUGCUGUUUCUUCCUCGUCUUGUCCGUGUUUGGGCGGUGAGCUUUUGAUUGGACGCUCUGGACAGAGUUGCUUGAUUGUAUUUUAUGAAACUUUAUCAAACAUGGCGCAUGUCUGCAUGGACACUAUGAUGUGAAGGACAAGAGGAGAGAGCAGCUUCGUCUCACUCUGCUUCAUCUUCUUCUUCUUCUGCAUCCCAUUUCUUUUGGAGCAUGUGUGUGUUGCUUCAGAUGUUCAUGUUGUGAAACUCGGAGGAGCAACAGAACGUUUCAUGGGUGACCGGAAGAGACAAUCUGCUUUGAGUUUUUUUAUCCUUUCUACUCUUUACUGUGGACUCCCGCUGACCUCUUGAAGCAGUUGUUUGAGUAGAUAGAUCAGUCAUAGUGUUCAGGUAAGUGACGUGUCGUGUUCGUGAGCUUCUAGUAAAACGUUGUGUUGUUUACACUCUAUCAGCAGUGAUGAUGAUCUCCUGUUUGCACUGUACAUAGUUUGGUUUUAGACAGAUUAUUCACAUCCACAUCUUUACACUAGACCAGAGACAAGUUCUGUGUUCAGACCCCCAAAAUAUCAGAUUGGACUUUUGUUGAAAAUGAACCUUUGAUCUGAUCUGAAACCACACGUUCUACCUCUCUCUGUACAGGGGCUUCCAAAAUCAUGAAACGAUAAAGGUGUCUCUGGAAAGAAAAAUGUAAGGAGUCGAGCAGGUGGACAUGAGGCCAUUCAAAUAAAAACAUGUAAUUUAUGGUGGCUGGGAGAGUCCAAAAGGGGCUGCAGUUUGAACAAACCAACAUAAGGGUUCAAAACCAACAAAUUAACUUCCAGUGUUGUGUUUUCUCAGCUCGUUGUUCUUUUUGUUCUAUCUCAGCCACCGUACAGAAGUAUCCUGAUACUGAAGAGGAACACAAUCGUCCUUUAAGGGCUUUUAUUCAAAGAGGAACCAAACUAAAAAGCCUUGGGAAGAAGGUGUGCUUGUUCAUCUGUGUGGGGCUUGUGGUCAUAGCUCGACCAUAAGUGCAGACUUUAGAUGUCAGUUUUUGUCGCACCGGAGAAGAUCCUGGAGACGUUAUGUGACCCACCUGAUGAUAUCACAAAAAGCUCUGUGUUCAUCUAAAAAUGUGUAGACCCUGCUAUCAUUUGUUUUUAUUCUCUUCAGUUAAUGAAUAUCUAUUCACAGAUUUAACAUAAAAAUGAAGAACCCCAUCUUUGGUAAUCUGAGGAGGAUUUAUUCCUCUCGAUAAACAGAUAUCUGCGUGAAGAGCAGCUAACAAUCUGAUCUAGAUCAACACUGAGACACAAAACUUCUUGAUGCUUUAUUGCUAAAGAAAAUCAGUGUUAAGAUUUCCUGACUUCCUGGAAUGCAUCUGAAAUAAUGGAUCCCACCUCAAUUCAACAAAAAUUGUAAACGUUUUUUCUUCCGUCUUGAGGAUAGACAUGACAAAACUUGCCUUUUGACUAAUCUGCAUCAUGAUGUUAUUGAAAAAAACUUAAGACACAUGAAUUACUAGAAAACUUACCGUUUACAGUGAAACUGAGACUCACCACAGACAGAUGGUGUAAACUCCCCAGCACAGAGGCAUUGUUUCCAGAGGAGUAUAACUUGUCAGACGAUAGGUACUUGGUUGUAAGAUUAAAUUUUAGAGGAGCAGACAGAUGGAGGUGUGUGUGUUUGUUUGGUUCCUUUUUAAAUAAUCCCUCUAAAACAUGACACAUCCUCUGUUUAACUGAUCUGAGAACUCUUCCUGGAUGCAGCACGUUUACCUGUUCACAGGUGUUUCGAACUUCUUGCCAAAUAACACACUGGAUGACUUUGUGUCCUGGUAAAAAGCAUGAACUCUGUAUAUUUGAUUUACAUCUAUACUCUUAUAUGAAAACAUGAAUAUUUUGCUUCUAUUUAUCUCGACCUCUGGGGGGUGUUGGGGUACUUUGAGGUGGGCGGGGCUAACCUGUAAAUGGUGUUUGUUUUGUGUUUGCUGAGUGGACUUGUACCUUUUUUAUUUUGAAGGAUGACAUAUAAACUGACAGUCAGCUGUCAUGUGUAUCUCUGCAUGUAUUAUUUACUUUCUGUUGACCUCAUAUCAGAUUAAAGACUCCCACAGAAUCCCACAGGACUCUGAGAGCAGCUGAUCUGGGUUCAGUCUCAGCGACACACAUGUACAGUAAAAGAUAGUAAACAAAGCA